CCUUACCUGCGCACAGCCGACCGGGCACGAUUACCUCUCCCAUAUCAUCCCCUUAGUCCCACCUCCCCGCCGCCGCGAUAUCGACCAUCUCCGGCUUCCCACCUUGCCUACUGCUUGUCUCUCCGCAAACCUAGGACUGUUCCAUGGACGACUUCCAGGAAUAUCUUACGACCGUCCUGUCUGCCCUCCGAUAGCCCUAAAGUGCCGUCCUGGUUCUAUUUCUUAUACGCGUGAGCCGCCGUCCAGCCUUUUCCGCAACCACCUCUGGGCUCCAUUUGGGCGCUUCCUGGAGACACUCCCAGCAUCAACGGGUUCGCUCCAACCGCCCUCCCCACCCUGCCCUUUUAGGUCUCGGAGAAAGCCUACUCCGUUACUGCCGUGGGCCUGAUGUCAGCAAAGUCGUCGCCUUCUCCAUGGCAGGGACCGACCACCGAGGUCGACGAGUCGCAACUGCCCCAGGGACACUGCCGUUACAUCUUGCUUGUGCCGGAGAUCAAGGGGCAGCGGUGUGCUUGUGCCAACUUUCACCUCAACAAAGGUCUCCCUGGUGCAACAUGUGCAUGCGGCCAUCUCGCUUGCUACCACAAGAAGGAUGCUGAACCGACCGACGUCGACAUGUUGAAACAGCGAAUUCAGACUCUCGAGCACUCGCUCGCCAGUGAGGAUCGGCGUGCACGGGAAAGAGAGGACGACGCGUACGAGAGCGUCUUGGGAAGAGUGAGCGGCUUGGAAGAAGAUCUGGAAAGGAGCAAGGAGGAAUUUCAUCAAGAAAUCAAACGUGCCUACUCGAACUCGACACCUUUGUGGGGCGCUUAUCAAGAGCUCAAGGGGAAGUUUGAUGAGCUCAAGGACCACCUGCGUCAAGCCAACGCCCGUUUCGCCGAGGUUGGCAGUACCUUGCGGCGACUGGAUGACAGGCAGCUCGAGCUUCAGGAUGCCGAUACCUAUCUUGAAGAAAGGAUCGAGAAUAUCGUGGAGACGAUGGAAGAGGAGGAGCACCAACCUUUCUCAAGGGGGAGGGGGACCCGACCACGCCGCAGAUCAACAUCAGAUGCCCGUCGCCCAAGUGUCCCUUUAGGCCCUUUAGGCGUCCCUUUAGGCGUCCCUUUAGGCUCGGGGCCGUCGGACCCCCGGCCAACAACGCAAGGGUUCGGCGGCGCGUCCGCAUUCGUAACACCAGCCUUUCCACCGACAUCUAUGUCGAUCCGCACCGGGUCCAGCGCCACAACUUCAGGCAUCUGGACGGUUCACAUCUCCCUCAUGCCCCAUGCAACGAUCCCGAUGCCAUUCGAGAGGAACACGAAUGCCUAUCAGAGAUGUCUCUCCCGGGGACUCCACCAAAUGGUCGCCGUUCGCGGCCCAACGGCGGAGGCGUUUAGCGACGCCAUCUCCAAAGCCUUCGAUCCGCUUCUGAAGGGCCGUCCGUGGAUGCCUCUGCAGGCGAGGCUCUGCGACGCAGCGCCACUCCAGGGCCUCCCGAUGCUCCGCCAGCUUGAGCCGCACCUGAUUGACACACGCUACGAUGCUGCGUUCCUGCGAGAGAAUUGCGCCGUCUGCGACGGCAACGGAAUGAUGGACUCGCUCUACAUCACCAUGCGUGAGCCAUAUGUGCUAUCAUGGCACGCGUUGAGGCACGCCCCAGUCGUCGUGGAAGGCCUUGAGGAGAGCUGGGAGUAUGACCCAUUGCUGGACAAAGAACAUUACGACGACGACGUCAUCGUUGACGAUGAUGACCGGCCAGCCGCUGGUGAUAUCUUGCCCGCGUUUCCGUCGCUGAAACGAGCCGCAUCGGAAAUGGCAAGAUCGAACAGCUUUAGUUCGUCGGCGCCUGCAGCGGCCGAGGGUGUCGCUUCGAGGACGAAGCGCACUUGUCCUCUGCCCGCGAAUACAAUGCUGAACAUCAGGCGACCUGGUGUCGGUACAGCAUAGGCAGGAGGUCGUACUCGCCAGCACCAAGCUCGGCAAUGAUAUAAACUGACGGACUGGAUUAGAGUGUGAUCAUAGGCGCCAGAUAAU